GGAUAGAAAAUAAGAGAUUUCAAGGUAGAACGGAGAAGGGCCUUGCGAUUUGAACCAUUAAAAUGGCGAAAAGAAAUAGCUGAGCCAAUUAGUCUCAAUGAAUACUUAUUAUCGAGAUACGUCAUACAAUCUGUGAUGUCAAAGAUAGGUUCGUAUCUUCUAUUGAAACGUAAAGAAACCGUCAUGAAUACGAAUAUCGGAGAUCCUGAAUGCGAAUGUUCGCGCACAUUCAAUACGGCUGAGAAAAAAGUAGAUUGUUCCAAAAUCUCAGAGAUGAUGCCAAAGGAAUGCGCGCUGAAAUCGUCAACCUUGAGGUACUACGGAAAUUCUUUAGAAUCGGAGGGCGACAUUUCUUCAAGGUUGACAGCGGCCUCGCCAUUCACCACUUUCGGUGGCCGCGACCCUAACUGCUUCGGGUACGCGACGCGAUAUUUAGACGAAUAUGGGCCAAUGGCAAAGGAAUGCGCAGUGUCGACAGUAGAUUCUUCAGUGCCACGAUAAGUUCUUCAAUAAUAAACGCACACAUCGAUUAAUAAGCUUAACACAAUGUGAAAUCGUUAAACAUUAAGAUAAUGAAAUGAGUAUUUUUCUGUUGAAGGCCUCAGAGAGGCAAAGGUAUAACGAUCCGAGCUUCAUGAAAGAAUUGUGGAAUUUCUUUUCAUAAAUGGAAACAAAAACCGAUAAUUGCUAAAAAUAACGUGCAAUUUAACGCUAUUAAAAAAUUAUGUAUCAUAUAAUUUCAUAUGUAUCAAAUAAUAAAACUAUAGAUUUACGUUGUUUGUCAAAGUUAAUAGAACUAAAAUAAGACAGAGAUAAUUAAUAAAUAAAUUCAUCUAAUUGUAAGUAGCAUGUAUGAUGAAAAAUUACAGGAAUCGCAAUUAAAAAAAAAAAAAGAAUAAGGAAAGUAACUUUUUAGAAGAUAAAAUAAAUUUAAAAAUUUAUUUUUAUUUAGCUCAGAUAUUUAAGAAUAAUUAAUUUAUUCUUAAUGAAAAAAAUUGUUCUGUAAGAUUACCUUGGAACUGUGUACUUUUUUUCUCUUAUGACAAAAGAGACAACUUUUGUCUUUGCAACUCGGCUAAUUAAUUCAAAUGCAAUUAUUUCCUCUCUUCUUGCUAAACAUAAUUCGACCGUUUAUUUUUUUCUUAAGGGGAUGCUGGAGUGACGGUCACAUUUGAUCGAGGUCGAUGAAGUAGAAUAAUUGGCGAGGAGAGAUCAAACUCCUGGGACGGAAUUCAUAGAUCGAUCUUAUUCAAGAUCCAUUUCAAGUACGAUCUUGAGACAUUAAUACUGUUAUUUCAUCGGUUAAGUAAAGCCUUCGGCACACGAUACGAAUUUUCAUGCUAGAUCGCAUACGAGGCGUCUUACUACGUAUCCUUAUUGGCUUACGAUUAGUGACAUAAUUAUCCGAACCAAUCAGGUCACGUAUUAAGAUAGCUUCGUAUGCGAUCUAGCAUGAAAAAUCGUAUUGUGUGUCAAAGGCUUAAGUCUUAAGUCUGCUCGUGGCUAGAUUUAGGACGAUUCUUGAACUGAAGAUCGAUCUAUGAAUUCCGUCCCUGAAGUCCUGCGCCGCCACUUGCAAAACUAAAAAUGUCGAUAAAAUCGAUCAUGUCGAUAAUGUCAACAUUCACGAUUUUUAUGUUACCAUGUAAACAUUAUUUUAUAAGCGGUACUCCACAUAACAUAAAUUAAGAAUUCAUAUAAAAGUGUCCUGUUCCAAUAUGGCCUAGGCGUUCACAUCAUUUCUACUAUCAUGCAAUGUAGUAGAAAUGUAGCAACCACUUUUAUUUACGUCCAAUAACAUUUUAGAUAUUGGACGUCACAUAUAUUAACAAUACGUACAUUGCGCAUACAUUGCACAUAUUUUUUAAUAUGUGCACAUAUUUCUCUUUUUGUGCUACGUCUAAUAAAAGAGAUAAAGAUUACUCUUAGCUUAGCUUGUAUUAAAGUAUAAAUUAAUACAUAAACUGUUUAUUAAAAAAAAAAAAAUUCUGUACAUUGCUUUAAUCAAAUGUAGACUAUGGAUAUUAUCUAAAUUUGUGUGCAAUAUUAGAAUGUCAAUUGUGUUUAUUAUUAUGUAUUCGUGUAUGUACACCCACGCACACGCACAUUAUAUAAUACAUACUGUAAUUAUUAUACACUUAUAAUAGACUUAUAGCGUUUAAAAUUACUUUCGAUACACAUCAGUAACAUUAUUUUAACAACAAAUGCUUCUAAUAUUUUAUUAUAAUUGUAGGGGUUAAAAUGUACUUUCUAAUUUCGAUCCGGUCAGGCAUAUACCUGAAAGCCGUCUUCGCCAUACCGUAUGAACAUGUUGUACUUUCUUUGUUAGCCUAAGACAUUGUGAGUAUUGUUACUUUGGAAUGUACCUAAAAUAAGAGGUUUUACUGCGAGACCGAACGAAGUAAAGAGGCAGACGAUUGCCGAAUGUAAAGACGAGAGGACGCGUAGUCCAGCUCGAGUCUCCGUAAUUCCAAAUACAUAUUAGCUUGAA